GUGGGACCCAUUGAUUUCAAACAGUCCUUUGCGACUGUCAUCAACUUCAGAUAGUGAAGAGGAACAGAACUCCAUUUGUGCAAAGGCAAUGCCAAAUGAAUCUGCUUGCAGUAUGGUACUUCAAAUACUGGUUCCAUUUUUUCUGGCAGGAUUUGGAACAGUGAUGGCUGGCAUGCUGUUGGACACUGUGCAGCACUGGGAUGUGUUUCAAACAGUAUCCGAGAUCUUUAUUCUGGUGCCGGCAUUACUUGGACUAAAAGGGAACCUCGAAAUGACACUGGCAUCAAGACUCUCCACAGCGGUUAAUGUUGGCAAAAUAAACUCCUCAAGAGAGAAGUGGAACCUAAUUGUUGGAAACCUUGCCCUUAAGCAGGUUCAGGCCACAGUACUAGGUUUUCUUGCUGCUUUGGCUGCUUCUGUUUUUGGAUGGGUUCUGGAUAAGAAACUUACCAUGAACCACACAGUAAUGUUAUGCUGCAGUAGUGUUGUGACAGCAUUUAUGGCAUCUUUGUUGCAAGGUAUCAUUAUGGUGGGUGUGAUUGUUGGAUCAAAGAGGACAGGCAUUAACCCAGAUAACAUAGCAGCACCAAUCGCAGCCAGUUUUGGUGAUCUUAUUACUCUGGGCCUGCUUGCUGUCAUCAGUCAAGGGUUCUUCAAAUACAACGAGAGCCAGCCACUGGUUAUCUACACAGUGUGUAUUUCUUUUCUGUGUCUAACACCAGUCUGGGUGGUAAUUUCAUUUCGUCACUCAGAGAGCCGUAAACUCCUGUAUUGUGGUUGGGAACCUGUAAUCACAGCCAUGGUUAUUAGCAGCAUGGGUGGACUUAUUUUGAAGAAAACCAUGACUAAUUCAAAUCUAACGGGACUAGUGAUUUAUUCACCUGUUAUAAACGGUGUUGGUGGUAACCUGGCUGCUAUCCAAUCUAGUCGUAUAACCACAUACCUUCAUUAUCACUGUUCUCUGGGAGAACUGACUGAGAAGGCCAAUGGCUGUUUCUGUCCAUUUCAUAUAUUUUUUAGUAAAGGGUACAACAGCAAAACGGCACAGGUUUUGCUUCUACUAGCCAUUCCAGGCCAUGUGGUUUUUCUCUACAUCAUUUAUUUAAUGCAAGGUGACAACACCAGCCCAACAGCAGUCUUUAUUACCCUCUACUUAUUAGCAGCUUUCACACAGGUUUUUCUACUGCUGUGCAUAGCUGACUGGAUGGUUCGUUGUUUGUGGCAUUAUGGCCGAGACCCAGAUAGCUUUUCUAUCCCAUAUUUGACAGCGAUAGGGGAUCUACUUGGAACCAGCCUGUUAGCCCUCUGUUUUUACUUGCUCUGGUUUAUCAGUAACAAGGACACACAUUUAGGAAACACUGCACGAGUUACACGGUACUACUGGUAUUUGAAAUGCCCUGCAACAUCACGAAAACGCCAGAGCGUCGCAGUGACAGCAAUUUUUGACCAUUCCUUGGUUUUCUAAAGUAACUAGCAAACUACAACAAUGUAUCAUAUUGUGUAUGUAAUAUGUAAAUAAACAUGA